UUACUUUUCCAUUUCAAAAUUUCACAAGAAAAUUACUUAUUCCAGGCCUUGGAGACGCAAGCAGCAGAAGCGAAUAAGAUUGGCCGGUAGCCUUAAGAGUAUGUUUUGAAGGAGAUCAUUCUACAUUAGAGAAAACGUAUUGGUUUCUUUCUGUUUGGUUGGUGAAGGUGAUAGAGCUGAUCGGCUCUUCUUCUCCGUUGAAGGGGGUUAAGUGAAUACUCGAGACUGAAGAAGAGAUCAGAUGUUUCUGUUUUGUUCUUGAAGAAAGUUGAAAAUUCGUUGCUCCGUGAAAUAAAAAAGUCUUUUUCAUUUCACAAACCCAGAACUUGAGAAAGUUGUUUUAAAGAUCAAUUUCAUCAAUGGGAAGCAAUUUUUAUGAGAACGUGGCUCUGCCCCAAACGGUGGAAGGAGCAAUCUCCAGAAUCUGUCGUGAGCAGGACCAACCGCCACUUCUCUACGGGACGAGGCAGGCGCUUGCUGAUACAGGCGAAGGACCAUCUUUAAGGAUUCUAGAGAAAAUCCAACGGACUCCAAUUCGUUCUUCAUUUGACGGAUUUGUCAUGUACAUGAUCAGGAACGAACUAAACAACAUCAACAAUAAGGACACUCUAAAACGACAAAGUCCUUCUUCUUCAAGACUAAAUCGUAGUCCCUUUUCUUCGCCCUCCAAAACUUGCCAUCUUAUGAUGCAGCAAGAUGUUGUUACCACUAUUGGUCCUCCUUGGAGUUCCUCAUUGAAUGUUGGCAAAGAAGAAAGGUUUAGCCCUCAGUUGGUGGCUUUGGGGGAGCUGGAGUUUAGAAAAGCUUUCCUCAUUUUAAAUUACAUUGGCUCGGAAACGUUGGAAGAAGUAACUACAGCUAAUGGAAUUCGAAGAUUAAAAGAUUUGGCAAUGGAUAAGUUUGAGGAAGAGGUCUGGGUUACUCUGGGCCAACGGUAUAUCAUUCCAGAUGAUCGUUGUAAGUCAGUUGAUUGGGAGUCUGGAAAGGCAUAUAAGUACCAUUGUUAUGUAUCUGCAAAUGGGAGUUGUCAGUUCAAGGGGCCUUAUUUGGAAACAAGUAGAAAUCAUCUACAAAGGGUUUUAGGAGAUGAGAAUAUUCUCAUCGUGAAGUUUACAAAUGUCACAAAUGGUAAAAGUUCAGCUGGCAAUGUUUGUUAUGCUGAGUACACGAAAAUUGCAUUAGAAGGACUUCUUGUUGGUUUGCGUCGUUACCGGUUUUUUGUGUUUAAGGAUGGGGGCAAAGAAGCAAGAAAGAAAGACCCGACUUCCUCAUCUGUUAGGUGCUUAUUUGUUCGAUUGGAGUCAAAUGCAUCUAUUGAUGAUGGUAAAGAUUAUGUUUUGUCUGGGAGAACAAUACAAGAAGCCAGAUGUGUCUUUAUGCAUGUCCAUACUGUAUCAAAUAUGGCCAAGUAUAUGGCCAGAUUGUCGCUGAUCUUAUCCCAGACCAUGAAGCUGGAAGUUGAUUUAGCUGAUGUAAACGUUGUGGUGAUAAAUGAUAUACCUUGCCAGGAUAAAUAUGGAAAUUAUGUUUAUAAAAAAGAUGGAGAACCUUGUAUUCACACGGAUGGAACUGGUUAUAUAUCAGAAGAUUUGGCUCUGAAAUGCCCAAAGAAUGUCUUUAAAGGAAACGUUUUGAAUGGUGACAAUGAUAUGGGGAAGUUCUCAGACAUGAAAUCAACAGAAUCUCACUAUAGAGUACCGCCUUUGCUGAUCCAGUUCCGCCUCUUUAACAAAGGUUGUGCUGUCAAGGGAACCCUACUUGUCAAUAAAAAGCUUCCACCCAGAACCAUUCAAAUUCGUCCUUCCAUGAUUAAAGUUAAGCCAGAUCCAAAUCUGGCAAACAUGUACACAAGGAAUUCACUGGAAGUAGUUGCAACAAGCAAUCAGCCAAAGAGAACUUUUCUUUCAAGGAAUUUGAUUGCACUCCUUAGCUAUGGAGGUGUCCCGGAUGACUUUUUUAUGGACAUAUUGAAGAAUGCAUUAGAAGAGUCACAGAGUCUUUUCUCCAAUAAACGCACAGCACUUAAAGUUUCUCUUAAUAAUGGUGGCAAGGAUGAUUUCGGUGCAGCAAAAAUGAUUUUAUCGGGGAUUUCCCUUGAUGAAUCAUAUUUGCAACAUCGGAUGUCAAUAAUGUUAAAUGAAGAAAGGAAGGGUCUUCUAGGAGGAAAGCUCCCUAUGACUGAGUCUUAUUAUUUAAUGGGUACUGUCGAUCCAACUGGAGUCCUAGAAAGUGAUCAAGUCAGCAUUAUCUUGGACAAUGGACAGAUUUCUGGGAAAGUGCUAGUGUUCCGCCAACCUGGUGUACAUUUUGGAGAUGUACAUUUGCUAAAUGCUAGAUAUGUGGAAUCCUUGAAUGAAUAUGUAGGACAUGCCAAGUAUGCUAUAUUCUUUCCUUGUAAAGGUCCACGUUCUUUGGCUGAUGAGAUGGCUGGGGGUGAUUUUGAUGGCGAUAUGUUUUUUGUAUCAAAAAAUCCCCAGUUAUUGGAUUACUUCAAAGUGAGUGAACCCUGGAUGGAAAAUUCUUCUACUUGUGGAGUGUCCACUAAGGGACCAUGUGAGUUUUCAAAUGAGGAGUUGGAGGAUGAGCUCUUCAAAUUAUUCUUGAGAACUAGGUUUCAGCCAAGUAAUGCUAUGGGCAUUGCAUCGGAUAACUGUACGGCAGUAAUGGAUCGUUUACUGACAGUGGAAGAUAGUAACUCUCCAGAGAAAUUUCUUUUGAAGGAGAAGCUACUACGUUUGAUUGAUUUAUAUUAUGAGUCUUUGGAUGCACCAAAGACUGGAAAAAAGAUUGUAGUUCCACCAGAAUUGAGGGCAGAUGUAUUUCCUCAUUAUUUGGAACGGCCAAAUUCUUUCAAAUCUACUUCUAUAUUGGGAAAAAUUUAUGAUUUUGUCAAAUCAUAUGGAGAAGAACUGCCAAGGAAAGAAGUCCGAAAGCUCCCUUGUUUCGAUGUUGGUUUUCCCCAAGAUUGCAGAAAAAAAUGGACUGAACUCUAUAAGCAGUAUAGGGAAGACAUGACGCAAACUCUGCAAACUCUGGAUGGCAAGAGCAAAGAACUGAGGGAUGAGGCUGCCGAUGCAGUUUAUAACAAAUACAAGCAGGAGUUGUAUGGAGGUGAUGAGUUGGAGCAGAGACAAAGGCCUCUGGACCAAAUCUAUAAGGAGGCGCUGGCCAUUUACAACAUUUCCUAUGAUUAUGCCAUCAGAAUCGAUGACGUGAGGAAAUGCGGAUUUGCUUGGAAAGUGGCAGGCUCAGCCCUCUUAAGUUUGUAUGCCUGGGAGCAAGGGGAAAAGACAUUGUCAUGUGCACCUUCUGUUUUGAGAGAGCUCUUUCCGUGAACUAAUGCUGUGUGUAAUAGUCUAAUAGCAUCGGUAUCAAAUCUUUCCAAGUUAAAAAGAAACCUAAAUAUGAUGUAUUAUAGGAUCAUAUGUAGUUCAUCAUCUCGCUCAAAGUUUAUGGUUUAUGGUUUUUCUAUCA